UCGGCACCUCCAAGACCGAGGCCAUGGUUCUCCAUCGGGAAAGGGUGGCGUGGAGAAGUCCUGCCAUCAGGUGGAGGAGUACAAGUAUCUCGGGGUCGGUGUCCCGGACCGUCGUGGUGAAGAAGGAGCUGAGUCGAAAGAAUCAUAAAAGAAGACCCAAAAGAUACUGCUGUGGUCAUUGCAAGCAAGUCUUCACCACUCCAUCAAACCUGAAGAUCCAUAAGAGAACUCACACUGGUGAUAAACCAUACAGCUGUGAUCAGUGUGGUGCGGCUUUUGCACAGCAAAGUAACCUAACGACUCACCAACGUAUUCACACUGGAGACAAGCCUCACAGGUGUGAUCAGUGUGGGGCGGCUUUUGCCUGGCCAGGUGCUCUAACGAGUCACCAACGUAUUCACACUGGAAACAAGCCUUACAGAUGUGAUCAGUGCGGAGUGGCUUUUACCCAGCAAGGUGCUCUAAUAAGACACCAACGUAUUCACACUGGAGACAAGCCUUACAAGUGUGAUCAGUGUGGAGCGGCUUUUGCCCUGCAAGGUAACCUAACGACUCACCAUCGUAUUCACACUGGAGACAAGCCUUACAGAUGUGAUCAGUGUGGAGCGGCUUUUGCCCAUCAAAGUAACCUAAAGAUUCACCAACGUAUUCACACUGGAGACAAGCCUUACAGGUGUGAUCAGUGUGGAGCGACUUUUGCCCAGCAAGGUGCUCUAACGACUCACCAACGUAUUCACACUGGAGACAAGCCUUACAGGUGUGAUCAGUGUGGGGCGGCUUUUGCCCAGCAAGGUGAUUUGACAAAACAUCGACGUAUUCACACUGGAUAAAAAUUGUACAUUUGUAAUCAGUGCUGAUAUCAUUUAUUUUGAGAGUUCAGUUAAAAGGCACCAAUUUAGUUUAGUUAAUUUAGUUUGAAAGGAAUAAUUCUGGUGGUUCGAUUGUUGGAAAGAUUUUGAAUUUUUUUUUUUAAAAAGCAGCAGAUUCUUACACCUGUAAGAGCUGUUCAGUUAUUACCAGAUUUAGAAAAUCAAGUAAAAGAAUUCAAUUAAAAUGUCUUUAUUUUGAACAUGAUGUUAGUGUAAGUAACAGACAUGCUCGAACAUACUUGAACAAUGAAUGCAAGUUUUUUUUUUUUUUUUUUAAGCAGCAGCAGUUUUGACAUGUUCAAAAAGAAGUAAGAAGAAGUAAAAAAAACUUAUCCUACGCCUUGAACUCAAUACCAUGUUUUCACAUAGACGUCAGAUGUCAAAAAUCUUAAUGUAUUGAGAAGUUACACAAAUUAAUAUUAAUAAUUUUACACGGUGUAAACAUAUUGUGGUAUAGAUGAGUAUAAAUUUGCGGAUACCUGGGUGAUCAUUGCCAUUUGCAGUUACAUGUCCCUCUAUAUAAACACUAUUUACCAUGAGUCCCUGUAUUCAUCUAUACAUAAAAGCAUACAUUAUUUACUGUGUACAAUCUUAUUCAUUACGGGCAUUCUAACACAAAUAUUUCUAGAUGCAUUAAAGCAUAAAUAUGUACAUAUAUAAUAGACAGAUGUACAUAUACACCCACAAGUCCAGUCCACCCCACCAUCCCCUCACCCAGCGCAGAAUGAGGAAUUCAGCCGUCCCGAUCGACCAGCACAAUACAAAUGAUGAGAAAAGAUAUGAGAAAUAUUUGUUGGGCCACAGUCCGAUAUGAACUAUGGAUUGUGUGAUUAUAUGAACAGUUGAGGCCUUGGGUCAGCUUUGAGUCCCAGUUCUGGGGCCUCAGGCUGAGACCAGCCUUGAGUUUAUGAUACCGGACCGCAUGGUUUGGAACAAAGGAAACCCCAUGGACGCAAAGCUCAACCAGGAUUUGCAUCUAAGGCCCUGCAGUGAUAAGGAACAGCCCCUGAUUGGACACAGACCCCAAGCCACAGGGGGGGCCUUGGCUUCCUGGGCCAGCUAUAAAAGGAAAAGCUCUCUUCUCCUCUGCUCUGUCCGUUUUGCAGCGAGUGGCCCGCGAGUUUUCUGAGCCCAAAGAGGAGCCGAACCAGGGACCCUGCAUGUCUCGACGUGAACGCCUUUGGACUGACCUGGAGCUGAAGGAGGCCCAGCUGCUGUGCCCAUGUAUUCCCCUCAUCCACCCUGGUCCUCAUCUGGACCAGGAGAGAGAGAGAGACGCUCUUUAUCAAGAUCCCCUGCUGAGCGUAACUACCCUUUGUUUCAUCAAGAAACACUGACCAGCCGGAUCAAACCACUUUUUCUUAAUUUACAAAGAUUCACGUAAGAGGCUGUUCUGUGUCUGGGCAGAGAAACUUAGUAACACAUUUUAAAAGUUAGUUUUACGUUGUGAGCCGGACUGGUGAUCCCGUCACAACUGUGCUCAUUAGUUGAGUGUGUUUGUUUAUCUUGUUGUUUUCUCCCCUAAUUCUGCUCCUACUACCACCCCCACCCCCCUUCACGUAAUCUGAAGUUUUGUGUAAAUGUUUAGUUAGUUGUUGCUUUUGGGUAGUUUAGCCAUCAAAAUUUAUCCGAAGUGUUGUUUUACCAUCUUCUUGACACUUGUGUAAAUAAAUUCUGAUUAAUUUGA